CCGACCAGUAGGGGCCGGAGGGCGGGGCCCCGAGUGGCUGAGCAUCGCCGCCGCCAUUUUGCGAGGACAGAGCGGCGGACGGCGCAGGCCUGAAGAUGGUGAAGCUGUUCAUCGGGAACCUGCCGCGGGAGGCGACGGAGCAGGAGAUCCGCUCGCUGUUCGAGCAGUACGGCAAGGUGCUGGAGUGCGACAUCAUCAAGAACUACGGCUUCGUGCACAUCGAGGACAAGACGGCGGCCGAGGACGCCAUCCGCAACCUGCACCACCACAAGCUGCACGGCGUCUGCAUCAACGUGGAGGCCAGCAAGAACAAGAGCAAGGCCUCCACCAAGCUGCACGUGGGCAACAUCAGCCCCACCUGCACCAACCUGGAGCUGCGCGCCAAGUUCGAGGAGUACGGCCCCGUCAUCGAGUGCGACAUCGUCAAGGACUACGCCUUCGUGCACAUGGAGCGGGCUGAGGACGCGGUGGAGGCCAUCCGCGGGCUGGACAACACCGAGUUCCAAGGCAAGCGGAUGCGCGUGCAGUUGUCCACCAGUCGGCUCAGGACCGCGCCCGGGAUGGGAGACAAGAGCGGCUGCUACCGGUGCGGGAAGGAAGGGCACUGGUCUAAAGAGUGUCCGGUAGAUCGCCCGGGGCAAGUGGCUGACUUUACCGAGGCCUAUAACGAGCAGUACGGAGCCGUGCGCACUCCCUACACCGCGGGCUAUGGGGAGACCAUGUAUUACGAUGACGCGUACAGCGGGAUGGCCGACUACUACAAGCGCUACCGCGUCAGGUCCUAUGCGACGGCCUCUGCGUACGACGCCUACGCAGAGCAGACCAUGGCCCAGUACUCCCAGUACGCCCAGUACUCCCAGGUCCAGUCCACGGCCAUGGCGGCCACCACGGCCAUGGCCAGCCGCAUCCCCACCACCCUAGACCCCUACGAUAGAGCUCUGCUGCCCACCCCGGGCGUAGCGGCGGCCGCGGUGGCGGCUGCAGCCACGGCGGCGGCGGCGGCGGCCUCCUCCACCUAUUACACCCGGGAUAGAAGCCCCCUGCGCCGCACGGCAGCCGCGGCCACCACCGUCGGAGAGGCGUACACGUACGAUCGUAGUCAGCUGUCGCCGGUCUCGUCGGUCGCUCGGGCUUCGCUCUACGACAUGCAGCGGUUCGGGCGCGACCCGUACGCGGACAGGGCGCGGUACUCUGCCUUUUGAGCCGAGGUGAGCGUGUGUGGAGCUGCGGAUCACCGGUGCUGCGCUGGGGUCGCGUGGGGGUCCCCCGGCGGCUGGGCUGACUCCGUCUCCUUCCCGGAGCAGGGGGUGUACGGGUCGGGGCCGAGCGCCAGGACCCGGCUCGGGGCCCUUUGUGGGCGUUAAAGCCCGGACGCCGGCUCCGCGAGAGCCCCGCCGGCACGAGCGCGGCGAGACGAGCGUCGGCGUCUCGGUGUUGAGCGGUCCUCCCGGCGCCGGCAGCCGGACCCGCCGCGCCGGCGUGGUGCGAGGGGAGGCUUCCCCUCCCGCUCCGUUCACGCCAACACCGUGCCGAGCCCCGUCCGACUGACAAGUCACAACCGAGCGGCGUCCCGCUGCCGCAAGCUCGGCUGACGUCUGGACUCCGGCCGCUUCUCGCAGGGCUCGGCACAGCCCCUGCUCUCCGCUGGGGGCCCUGAACUCUGCUUUUCUCUUUCAGGUAAGAUAAUUGCGGCUGGACGUCGGGUUCCCGUGCCGUGCGCGUCUGACUGUGCUGGGCUUCAAAGCACACCCGUUUCACCUAACGAAUCGGUCCCUAACGGACGCUCGAGCUUCUUCGUAGCGUAGUCAGAAGUAGCUUCUCCCCCUUCCCCGGCCCCACUUUACGUUCAGUCUUUCAGGAUUUGCUUUCUCGCCUCCCCGUGCUGCUCUCCAGCCCCUAGCUGGUCUAGGCUCAGGUUUAGCGUCAGCGUAGCCCGUAGCACGAGCUUUGCUUCCCUGCUCCCCCCCGGCGGCGUGCGUGGAGCUGCUGUUCCCCCCUCUCGCAGCCCAGGCCGUAGCUUCUUCUGGUUCAGGUUUUGGUUUCUUGGGGUUUUGGGUUUUUUUUGUUGGUUUUUUUUAAGGUUGUCCGUAUUUUUUUAAAGAGGAUCACUCUUAACGUCGUGGUCCUAAGCGAUCCCGACAGCGCUGCGCCGAGCCCGGCGUUACGCCUGGAGCCCAACCUGCGGCUCCGCCUCGGCCUUUAGCUCCCUUCCCUCCCUCCCCCCCCCCGCCCCGACCGCUCUUUCCAGUAAAAUAAACUCUUUUAACGAA